UGUAUAUUGGCCUCUUGAGGAUUUCCUAUCGAACAAGAAAAUGGCAUUGCCGUUGAGGAUCCAAUCCAAUUUUCCCCUGUCUUCACACUUCGAGGCCGCAUUUUGACCAGACAACAUCACCCUACCCAUUCCCAAUCACUGCCUCAGUGAUUCUCCACCGGAUUCCCUUCCUUGUCGCUGAAAGAUUUUCCGAUCUUCCAGCUCUUUACGCCCUCCAGAGAUACGCGCACACGCCUUUGCGCGUUUCGUGAACACAAGUCGCCAUCAUGGCUCCCGCAAAACCCAAAGCGCAGAAGAUGUCCGUUGGGACCUUCUUGGCCGACGAGACCUUUGGCUCCUGGGCCGAUGAGAUGGAUGAUAUCCCUCUGCCUGCCGUCCCUGAACCCCGUUCUAGUUAUGGCGGCGAACGACGUAUGAUGGGCGGAUAUGGCAACGACAUGGGAGGUUUCGAACGUGACCACCGUGGCUACGCCAUCAGAGAGGAACUUCCUAUGCCCACCCAGCCUCCUUAUACAGCCCAUAUUGGCAAUCUAUCCUUUGAGGCGACGCAAGGCGACAUCUCGGACCUGUUUGCAGAGUGCCAAGUGACGAAUGUGCGGGUUGUGGAGGAUAAGAUAACUAGAGCUCCAAAGGGCUUCGGCUAUGUGGAAUUCGCUACUGUUGAGGGCUUGAAGAAGGCCCUUUCGUUUCAAGGAACUCCCCUCCAGGGCAGAAAUAUCAGAGUUAGCGUCGCGGAACCUCCCAAAGAGAGACAGGACACGAGAGACUACAGCGACUGGUCCCGCAAGGGUCCCCUCCCGGAUGUGCCUUCACAGCGUCGAGUGUCUGACCGCCCAGGUUUCGGACCGAGAGGCCAGGACUCUAUGAGCGAUGCUGGAGGAGACCGCCCUGGACGACGGGUAUAUGAGCCUGCUGAUGGUAAAAUUCGAGACUAUGGAAAUUGGGAACGCAAGGGGCCCCUCUCUCCAUCUCUUGCCCCUGCUUCUCUAGCCAGAGAAGGUGGCCGUCCGAGAAGCAAGGAUGGCCCACAGUUCCGCAGAGCAUCCCCUGCUUGGGGAGAGGCUCGUUCGCAAGAUGGUUCGAGGCCACCCCGUCGUGAGUUCCAUGAGAGACCUCCUCCAGAGAGGGCACCAACCGCUCCUGAGCUGGACAACCAAUGGAGAGCAAGAAUGCGACCAGAUCCUCCCGCCCCUAAACCGGCCGCCGCCGUUCCUGAAGCUGCUCCAGCGGCAGUACCCCACGCACCUGCACAGCGACCCAAACUCAAUCUGCAAAAGAGAACUGUCGAAGCUGAGCCCGCAUCCCCAACUGCCCCGACUGGUGAUUCAAAGUCGAGCCCCUUCGGUGGCGCAAGACCCAUUGAUACUUCCGCCAGGGAGCGAGAGGUUGAGGAAAGACGUCAAUUAGCCUUGCGACAAAAGAGAGAAGCAGAGGAAAAGGCAAAGGCCGAAAAGGCUGAAAAACUGAAAGCCGCCAAGGAACAAGAGCAACAGGCAAAGGAACAGGCUGCCAAGACUGAAAGUGCCGAUGCUACCGUCGCAAAUGGUGCCAAGGAAGACGAUUCUGGCGCUUCUCAGGCUGGAAAGAAUAUCGAAAUUCUUCGUAGGGCUGAAGAGACGCCAGUAGCUGAGGGAUCAACGGAGGCAGGAGCUGCAGAUGAGAAGUCUGAACCCCCCAAGGAGCAGGCUAAUGAGCAGCCAAAUGAACCAAACGAACCAAAGGAACCUACCCGCCAGCAGCCACCUAGCAAAGCCAAUGGGAACUGGCGAAACGGUGCCCCGCGGUCUCGCGGCCCUUCCCACGUCCAUGCACCACCCAGAGGACCUCAGGGUCAGGCUAAAGGCCAGCAACCGAAGGCUCCCGCGGCGGAGCCCGCGGCUUCUCCUUCCGCUGCAGAGCCCGAGGAGGAGGGUUGGAGCACCGUGAGCAGCAAGCCACGCAACAGCCGACGCGGAAACCACCGCGGAUAAAAAAAUCUUCGUUUUCCCCCUCCUUAAUGGUAUUAGAUACGAAAGGCGUUUGAAACACACAAAAUUCACGAACCCCCAAUACACCUUAUACAUGAUGCAACGUAGUCUUCCACCCUAUUAAAGCUUCCAGCCAAACAAAACACCCUGUCUGCGUCCAGCUCAGCCCAGUUCAUCCCAAUCCCGCGCGCUAUGUACCAUUGUUCUACGGGUUCGGGUCUUCCUUUGUUCGCCUUUUCCUUUUUCUGAUCCACUUCUUAUCUUGUCCGUGCUUCAAAAACGAAUCUGUAUGAACCGAGUUCUGUCUCUGUGCGUCUGUCUACCUCGUUUGUCUCUGGCGCUCCUUUCUUUCUGGCGAGACAAAAAAGAAAUCAUCUAUCAGCUUGGCCGGGUUUUUUUCCUCAUUGAUUUCUUUUCCUGUCUAUUUUGGCUAGCUCAAGCUUGAUGACGUUUCCGCCUCGUCUACCCACUUCCUUUUCCAACCCUCGCCUCUCCCCCAUUUCUUCCAGAUAUGGAGCUUUCUUUCUUUCUUUCUCUGCUUUCUUUUUUUUUUUUUUUUUUUUUUUUCCCUCCUUCCUCAUUGCUGAAGAAAUCUAUUCGCCGUUUUGUUUUUGUAAUUGUGUAUCUCAUUUCGU